AUGAAAACCUACCUAUAUGAAUUCGACUUGUGGGAGGUUGUCAACUCAGAUGCUGAACCAGCACCUGUAAGAGCUAAUCCAACAGUGGCUCAGAUUAGGCAGCAUGCAGAUGAAAGAACCAAGAGGCACAAAGCCAUGUCUUGCAUCCAAAACAGUGUGUCUAAUGUGAUUUUCACAAUAAUCAUAGCUUGUGAGUCACCAAAGCAGGUCUGGGAUAAGCUGAAUGAGGAGUUUCAAGGGACUAAAAGAACAAGACAGCAACAGCUACUGAAUUUGAGAUGGGAUUUUGAAAACUUGAAGAUGAAGGAGGAAGAAACAGUGAAGCAAUACUCAAACAGAAUCAUAGCUAUGGAAAACAUUAUCAGACUGUUUAGAGAACAGUUUAAUGAAGCAAGAAUUGUGGAGGAAGUGAUCUCAACCUUGCCUGAAAGGUAUGAGGCAAAGAUAUCAUCCCUUGAAGACUCGAGGGACUUGACCAACAUCUCAUUUACAGAGCUGAUCAAUGUUAUUUAUGCUCAAGAGCAAAGGAGAGCCAGUAGACUGGAAGAGCAUCAAGAAGGUGUCUUCCAAGCCAAAAGCAGACCAGCCUCGAGCUCCUCUGCCGACAAGGGGAAGAAAACCUGGAAAGACAAGCCUAAAUCAGAUGGUGCAAGAAGAAAAGAUCAACCUUGCAGACAUUGCAAAAGGCUUGGCCAUCUAGAGGUAAACUGUUGGUUUAGGCCUGAUGUGCAGUACCAAGUUUGCAAAAAGAUGGGUCAUGUUGAGAAAGUCUGCAGAAACAAAGGCAAACAGAGGCUAAAUCAACCUCAGCAACCUAGAGCUGAAGCUAGAGUAGCAGAAGAGGAAAGUGACCAAGAAGAGCAAGUCUUUGCAGUUUCUUGCUCAGCUGCAAAAGAAAAGGCCACAAAGAGGUGA